GUUAGAGAGAUUGCGUGAGUAAAAAACUCUCGGCUAAUAAAGACGAGUCGAAGAAGAGUUUAGAUGUUAGUUUAAAGGUAAACACCAAUCUAACCUGAGCUAAUCAACACACAUUUACAAAUCAAUCUUAACCAACAAUUUAAUCUUUCCUUUUCAUUCUAAAUCAGUGAUCUAGUUAAAAAUGCUUUUCAAUGCUAUGGAACUGGUCCAUGAAAAUAGCAUCUCAGCUAUUUCAUUGCUUCAAAAUAGGUUUGAUCAAUCUUCCAACUUGAUGUUUCUCAUUUCAACCUUGUUUGAUCCUCGUUAUGCUUUCCUAUUUUACGCACCGCUUCUCUAUUCAAUUGAUCGUUACACUGGACGUAAGUUGAUGUGGGUUGCAGCUAUAUCUGAAUGGUCUAACCAGAUUUUGAAGUGGAUAUUACACGGUGAAAGACCAUACUGGUGGAUCCAUGAAACCUCCGUGUAUAAUAAAACUAGUUUACCCGAUGUUCAACAAUUUUUCAUCACAUGUGAAACUGGACCAGGCAGUCCUUCUGGCCAUGCAAUGGUUACAGCCUCUGUUUGGUACAUUCUCAUUGAAUCUUUCCUCCGCAAACGAUCCGUUGACGCUAGUAAAAAUAGCUUAGCCAAUCGACUCGCUUGGUCUUUUUAUACAAUCAUUUUGGCUGUGGUUUCACUUUCACGGGUUUACAUUGCAGCUCAUUUUCCUCACCAAUGUUUCCUUGGAGGUAUCAUUGGUGUAGCUGUGGCCAUGAUUAUCAGUAAUUUAGAUACUGAUUCACUUUCUCGUCGAGGUUACGUCCUGGGUGGUGUUGGUUUGUUUGCUUCUGCUAUCAUGACAUAUGUUUCUCUUCGAGCUAUUGGUGUUGAUCCAAUGUGGUCGGUUGAUAGAGCACUCAAAUGGUGUGUCAAACGUGAAUACGUCCAUCUUGAUACAACUCCUUUCUUCUCGGUAAUGCGUUAUGUUGGCUUCUUUAUUGGCAUGGGUCUAGGAUUAACAUCUUCUUGGUCCAAAUCUGCGUCCAAAGUUACAUUCACGACUCCAAUGAAAAUCGUUUCAGCUAUUCUGGCUUUAGGAGUCUGCAAAGCAUCUGAAUACAUAAAGAUUCCAAUGGUUAAUCUUGUCUUCUUUUAUGGAGCUGCCUUAGUCAUUAACAUGAUUCUUCCAUACAUAUUUGUUGCCAUUAUCCCUUACCUUGUUAGUAAACUGUCAUUCACUAGCAAAGCUAAGUCCACCUAAUUACAUUCAUCCAAAAGGUGUCGUAGUUGUUAAGGUUCAAGUAAUCAGUUACUAAAAUGUACAAAAGGAGAUAAUGAUGAACAUGAUAAUGUCCACAUUCUAGCAAGCGAUUACUAGAACCUUAUUAACUGUAACAUCCUUUAGCAAUGUGUAUAUAUUCAUGUAUUGUUAUCAUAUAUUUACCAACAUGUUAUUAUUUAUCAACUUCAUCAAUUCAUUGAAAGCUUAUCCAUCAAAACCAUGUAAAUAUAUUUUCUUUGGAAAUGUAAUAACCUUCAGUUACAAGAAAACAUCUAUGAAGAUGUGAAAAAAAUAAGCUAAUUGUGAAGGACAAAAUCAAUCUGUUACCUUACUUGUGAAUAAUAUAUAAAUAAAUGUAUACUUUGAGACUUUAA